AUGACCCCAGGGCUGCUGCUGCUGCUGUUGCUGGGGACUUCAGGGGUGCCACUCGCCCGGGGCAUCAGUGAUCUGGAGGCAGAGAGUCAGCUCCGGGACAAACUUUUCUCUGGUUAUGACCCCUCGGUGCGGCCAGCUCAGAAGGUGGGGGACCGUGUGGAGGUCAGCAUUGGCCUGAGCCUGGCACAACUCAUCAGCCUGAACGAAAAGGAUGAAGAGAUGAGCACAAAGGUGUACUUAGAUCUGGAGUGGACAGACUAUAGACUCAGCUGGGACCCGGAGCAGCACGAGGGCAUCGCUUCCCUCCGCCUUCCAGCCCCUUCUGUGUGGCUUCCAGAUGUGGUCCUCCUGAACAACAACGACGGGAACUUUGACGUGGCUCUGGACAUUAACGUCGUGGUGUCCCCUGAUGGGUCCGUGCGCUGGCAGCCCCCAGGAGUCUACCGAAGUAGCUGCAGCAUCCAGGUCACCUACUUUCCCUUCGACUGGCAGAACUGUACUAUGGUGUUCAGUUCCUACAGCUAUGAUAGUUCAGAAGUCAGUCUGCAGACUGGCUUUGGUCCUGAUGGGCAAGAGCGACAGGAAAUCCACUUGCACGAAGGGACCUUCAUUGAGAACGGCCAGUGGGAGAUUAUCCACAAACCGUCUCGGCUGGUCCAGCGUGUGGUGACCGCCAGGGGAGGGGGCAAAGAGCAGAAUCAAGAAGUCGUCUUCUACCUCAUAAUCCGCCGGAAGCCUCUCUUCUACCUGGUCAACGUCAUUGCUCCCUGUAUCCUCAUUACCCUCCUGGCCAUCAUUGUCUUCUACCUGCCACCAGAUGCAGGAGAGAAGAUGGGACUUUCGAUCUUUGCCUUGCUGACCCUGACUGUGUUCUUAUUGCUGCUGGCAGACAAAGUACCUGAGACCUCGCUGUCUGUCCCCAUCAUUAUUAAGUACCUGAUGUUUACUAUGAUCCUUGUUACCUUUUCAGUCAUCCUUAGCGUCUUAGUCCUCAACUUGCAUCACCGCUCUCCCCACACUCACCAAAUGCCCCUUUGGGUGUAUCAGAUCUUCAUCCAAAAACUCCCUCGGUACCUCGGGCUGAAGAGGCCCAAAUCUGAGAAAGACCAGAUGACAGAACCGCCUUCCCUCAUUCUCAAGGAUCUUCCAGGAAGUGACUGGGGCUGGCGCACAGAUGAAUAUUUCAUCCGGAAGCCACCAAAUGAUUUUCUUUUCCCCAAACCUAACAGGUUCCAGCCUGAACUUCCUGGCCCUGAGAGGAGGCGAUGCAUCGAUAUCCCUACCCGGGCUGCAGGCCUGCCUCCUGAGCUACUGGAAGUUGUCUCUUCCAUCAGCUUCAUCGCCAGACAGCUGCAGGAACAGGAAGAUCAGGAUGCGCUGACGGAGGACUGGCAAUUUGUGGCCAUGGUAGUGGACCGUCUCUUCCUGUGGAUCUUCAUCAUCUUCACGAGUGUCGGGACGCUGGUCAUUUUCUUGGAUGCCACCUACCACUUGCCCCCCGAGAACCCCUUUCCUUGAGUUUGGGA